AUGUGCUGGAGCGAUAGACCAGCAAAGGGCGAGCAGUCUCUGCGAGCAAUGGCACAGGAAGCUUUGGCGUUCUCUGAAGCGUUGAUACCACCCACGGAGUACCGAGAAGAGCUCGAGACAUGUGCCGAGUAUGGGGUGUGCGCGUAUCUGGUGCGGUUCGCGGUGGAGCGAAGUAUAUGGUUAGGCCGGUACCGCGAAGUGUAUAAAAACUACCAUGGGCUACUCCAAAGGAGAAUCGAAAUCAAAAGGAGUGUCACCGAGAGGAUGAUGGAUGUGGGAAUCAAAAGAAGCUACAACAAGAUGUGGGAGAAGUUGGCGGAUCAAAAGAUGGACAUUCUUGCGUUCUUCAACGCCGAUAGCCAGGAGACAUGCAAGGAGAUGUGGAGUGCACGACAAGGUGAGCUUGUGACAAUCAUGAGAGAGCGCAGAAAGCAUAUAAAGCUCCCAUGGCAAACGGAGUAUUUUUUCACUGAUGGGUAUCUGGAUGCCCAACUGGAGAAUCGAGCGAUGGUUGAUUUUGUGUAUCAAGAAGCCCGAGAUGUGCAAAGACGGAGAGACCCUCCAAGGGUGCGUGUGACGUGGGAAAUGUAUGUGCUGAUGCAGUUUGGUAUAUUCUUUAGGAGAAGCAAAAGGGAGGCUGUGUACAGCGCGUAUCCCGAGCUUCCUCGAGUCACACUGUUUGUCCACUGGUUGAGGCUCAUGAGCGUAAAGGUUCAUCUUUCGAACAAUCAGGGCGUGCCUCUUUACAUCAUGGUGGGGGAAAUGUUGGGGGGGCGGAUGUAA